ACCUAAUUAAAUGCAACUAAUAAAAAAUGUUCACUCUUAAACCCAGCGACGUGCAACAACUAGCAAUUAAAGUGUUCAUAACGUUCACUUGUAAUUUAUUGGCACUCAUUCUGUGCCACGACUCGGAAUCCGAAUCGUUUUAGAAGUAAAUAAUGACAGUUAAACGACAAUAAUUAAAUUGUAAUUAGAAAAAUAAACAAAUAGAAAAAUGGCGAACACAGCACAUUUGAUGAGGCGACAAAGCUCGCGGGACCUGUAUGCUCAACGUUCAAUAGAUAGGAUGGAGAUGAAGGAGUUGCGAGGUCGGCUGGUGACCAUGGAGAACGGGCAGCCGUCACACCGCACGCACGUCAUGUACGGCGCCACCAACGAGGCCUUCGAAGACACCAGCCCCAACCGCCGCUCCUCAGAGACGCCCACCAGCAAGGCCAGCUCGGCGGAAGAGCGCGGCGUGGCCAAGCCCGAGGGCGGCGUCGAGCGCGAGUCCUGGGACAGCAAGCUCACCUUCCUGCUGGCCACCGUGGGCUACGCGGUGGGGCUGGGCAACGUGUGGAGGUUCCCCUAUCUGGCUCAAAAGAACGGCGGCGGAGCCUUUCUCAUUCCUUAUUUCGUGAUGUUAGCUAUUGAGGGCAUACCUAUAUUUUACUUGGAGCUGGCGAUCGGGCAGCGUCUGCGGAAGGGGGCUAUAGGGGUCUGGCACCAGGUGUCUCCGUACCUGGGCGGGAUCGGGAUCAGUUCGGCCGUGGUGUCGUUUAACGUGGCGCUGUACUACAACUCCAUCAUCGCCUGGUGCUUGUUCUACUUCGCCCAGAGCUUCCAGGCCGAGCUGCCGUGGUCAGAGUGCCCGAAAAAGUAUUUUGCCAACGGAUCUUAUACUACCGAGCCGGAGUGUGCAGUGAGCAGUCCUACGCAAUACUUCUGGUACCGCACCACCCUCCAGAUUUCCGAAGACAUAAACUAUCCGGAGUCCUUCAACUACAAGAUAGCUCUCGCCCUGGUCAUCGCCUGGAUCCUCGUCUAUCUCUGCAUGAUUAAGGGCAUCGCCUCCUCCGGCAAGGUCGUCUAUGUAACCGCCACCUUCCCUUACAUUGUCCUCGUAAUUUUCUUUUUUAGAGGCAUAACUCUAAAGGGUAUGAGUGAUGGGCUCAUUCAUUUAUUCACGCCGAAGUGGCACAGGAUUUUAGACCCUGUGGUAUGGCUGGAAGCGGGCACACAGAUAUUUUUUUCCCUUGGCCUCGCUUUCGGAGGCUUGAUAGCUUUCUCAUCAUAUAACCCCGUUGAUAAUAACUGUUAUAGAGAUGCAAUUAUGGUCUCUAUGACGAACUGUUUAACGUCUAUGUUUGCUGGCAUCGUCGUGUUCUCUAUAAUUGGAUUUAAGGCUACGAUGGUGUAUGAGAAGUGUCUGGAUGUUAGGAACGAGACUUUGUUGGAGGUUUUUGGUCCAGCCUUCAAGUCUAUGGUGCUGCCGGAGGCGGGGCAGACAGUGACGGUAGAUCUGAACGGGAACCUCACCCACUUGGUGAUGCCACAUCUACCGGUCUGCGACCUGCAAAAGGAGUUGGAUAAUACAGCCUCUGGCACUGGCCUGGCAUUCAUAAUCUUCACGGAGGCGAUCAACCAGUUCCCUGGCGCGCAGUUCUGGUCCGUCCUCUUCUUCCUGAUGCUGUUCACUCUCGGAAUCGACUCCCAAUUCGGAACCCUGGAAGGAGUGGUGACAUCUAUCGUGGAUAUGAAGUUAUUCCCGAAUUUGAGAAAGGAGUAUUUAACCGGCGGUCUCUGCCUUCUCUGCUGUCUCCUGUCUAUGGGUUUUGCUCAUGGUUCUGGCAGUUACAUCUUCUUGCUGUUCGAUAUGUACAGCGGGAACUUCCCUCUGCUCAUCAUUGCGUUCUUCGAGUGCGUCGGGAUUGCCUACGUGUAUGGAGUUAAAAGAUUUGCAGAUGACAUACAGCUAAUGACGGGCCAGCGUCCCGGGAUUUACUGGCUGAUCUGCUGGAAGUACCUGUCCCCAUUGGCGAUGCUGUCCAUCCUCAUCUCCUCGUUCGUGGAGCUGGCCACCGAGGGGUCCGCGUACGACGCCUGGAUCAAGGCCAUUGGUGACACGGAGAGGAAGCCCUGGCCCGUGUGGGCGGUCCUGCUGGUCUUGGUCCUCGUACUGGCUUCCGUGCUUUGGAUACCGGUAGUGGGUAUAUGCAGAUACUUCGGCAUCCCGAUAAUAGACGACGAAGAACGCGCCUGGUUUCCUGCUGAAGAGUUGCGCGACUUCCACGGCAUCGAGCCUCGACCUGUCUCCACGACGGAGACUCUGCUGUUCUGCACCAGACCUGAUGGGAGCGAGAGUUGCUGCUGGCCUGGCUGCUGCGAGACAGACGAUGAAGAGUAAACCAGAACAAAAAAUUGCAAAAAUAAUUGAUUUUAUCCCUGAGACUAUACUAAUGCCACUGAUCAAAUCCUCUCACUUUGCUAACAAACAGAGGGGAAAUUUCAUCAUAUUGAAGUAAAAAGCAGCCAUCUUAAAGACAUGUUCUAUCAGUUUCGGAAAGCGACCAGUGCUUUUGAAAAUUUGCGGGUACUUUACAAAAGCACGUGAUGCAUCCUAUGUGUCUCAAAACGUGCAUCCAAAAUUUCCAUGAAGUUGAACUUUUGUAACCUUUUGGAAAUAAGUAGUCCCGCGUCGUUAUACGGGUUCAGUAUGCACUGGAUAACCCUUUAUCUGAUAUUUUAACUCGCUGAAGGAAUCAAUGUAUGGUGUUGCCUAUUAAAAAUAUCAUCAUCCAUUAAUUUACUUGUCGUCCAGUUCAUGAUAUUAUACCUACGAUAUGUUCCACUUCCAGAAUUUAAAACCAAAGUUUAUAAUUAAUUUACGAAUAUACUUAUGAGAAGUAGACUAAGAUUGUGGCGUUUACUGCUGGUUUCUUGUAUUAUGACGAAUAUAAUCCCGUUUGCAGUUCGUUCGAGAAUAUAUUGGAAACAUAUCCAAAAUGUUAAAGUAGUCCAUAUCUAUUCGUCAUAUCCUGCCGUUUGUAUAAAUCUACUGUUGAAUUUUUAUAAUAUUUACUAUCA